CUUGUCCUGUCCUGCGAUCAGAUUCAUCUCCCUUUCACUCUCCUGUCCUGUUUCCCCAAUAGAAGAGAGAUAGAGAGAGAAAAGAUCAACCUUGGAUCACAGAUUCACAGAUCAACCAUGGCGUCCUCCAAAGAACGUGAGAAUCUCGUCUACAUAGCCAGACUCGCCGAACAAGCUGAGCGCUACGAUGAAAUGGUGGAAACGAUGAAGAAAGUGGCGAAGCUAGAUAUAGAGUUAACCGUUGAAGAAAGGAAUUUGCUGUCUGUCGGCUACAAGAACGUGGUUGGAUCUCGUAGGGCUUCUUGGCGUAUCCUUUCAUCGAUCGAACAGAGAGAAGAAGCAAGAGGCAACGAGAUCAAUGUCAAACGGAUCAAGGAAUACAGACAGAUAGUUGAAUCAGAACUCUCUACCAUUUGUAGUGAUAUCAUGACUAUCAUUGAUGAACAUCUGAUUCCUUCUUCUAGCUCCGGUGAAUCAUCAGUGUUCUUCUAUAAGAUGAAAGGCGACUACUACCGCUAUCUGGCUGAGUUUAAGGUCGACGAGGAUAAAAAAGAUGCAGCUGAUCAGUCCCUUCAGGCAUAUCAGUCUGCUACCACAGCAGCGGAGUCUGGCUUGUCUCCUACACAUCCUAUACGACUUGGUCUGGCAUUGAAUUUCUCUGUUUUCUACUAUGAGAUCUUGAAUUCUCCUGAAAGAGCUUGUCACCUGGCGAAGCAAGCUUUUGAUGAAGCUAUCUCGGAGUUGGAUAGUCUGAGUGAGGAAUCUUACAAAGACAGUACAUUAAUCAUGCAACUCUUGAGAGACAAUCUUACUUUAUGGAAUUCUGACAUUCCAGAGGAUGGAGAAGAAGGUCAGAAGGCUGAUGGGAGCUCUAAACCAAAUGGAAAAGAUGUUGAGUAAUGGGCAAAAACAACCCCACUCCUGGUUAGUCCUUGAAGACAUGAACACUGGAUCUCUAUUUGCAGGUCUUUUUUUUUUUUUUUUUUUUGAGAAUUACUAUCAUAUAAUUUGCUACUCAUAAGCAGGCAGUAUGCUUCCGUUGCUUGAUCUAAUUGUGACAUUUAUUUGGGGCCUUGUGAUGCCAAUAUAAGUGUGAUUUAUGUUAUGUUUCCUUUGUA